UGACCGUUGAAGAGACAAGUGAGCAUCUAGUUAAGGAGCAUCAAGCUCCUCACAGUAGUUCCAACACCACUCUGCCCAUGGCGGCUAAUCCUCUUCAUCCUUGCUCCACUUAUUUACGUUCCCAAGACCAAACGCCAAACAUCAUGUCAACCGCACAGACUCUCCCACCUCCAGUUGCAUGGGCACAGAGGAAGCACCUGGUGUUUCUAACUAUUUGUUUGGAGGACUGCCACAGCCCUACAAUUAACAUGGAAGAAAACAAAAUAUAUUUCAAGGGAACUGGUGGUACAGAAAAGAAAGACUAUGAAUAUACAUAUGAUCUCUAUAAAGAAAUUGAUCCUGAAAAAAGCCGCAGCUUUGUCCGUGAUCGUAACAUAGAACUUAUAUUGGUAAAGAAGGAGGAUGGACCUUUCUGGCCACAUCUUCUCAAACAGAAAGUCAAGCAGCACUGGCUUAAAGUAGACUUCAGCAGGUGGAAGGAUGAGGAUGACAGUGAUGAUGAAGGUGAAGAUCAGAAUCAGGAUCUUGAAGAGGUAAUGCGUCAAAUGGGUGGUUUGGGUGGAGAUAGCCGACCAUCUUUGGAUGACCUUGAAGAUGAGGAUUCAGAUGAUGAAGAUCUCCCAGACUUGGAGUAAUUGUAUCUCCAGGCUUAGAGGCCUUCGUGGACCACAUCAGAUCAUGGGGGAAAGAAAGCUACGUCCCACAGUAAACUGUGUUGUAGCUUACUAAGUCAGUGUGCAAAUUCCAUAGUUAACUCCCAAGGGACAAUGUUGAUAAAUGGUAUUCAUCUGAGUUGAAACAAAACAAAGAUGACUAUCUUGUGGGGCUUGUGCACUCGAAAGACUCUUGACUGUCUGCCCCCAUGUGAAAGGUUGCAGUGCAGAUGGACUAGUGGCUUUAUACCUUUACAAUACAAGGAGAAAAAAUACCAAAUCCCUUUAUUAUGCAUAAGUAACAGAUAAGAACCAAGCUCAUACCAAACAUCCUUUACAGCUUUUAUAGAAAAAUAUAUUCCAAAUUUUGUUUUACUGACAUAGGAAGAAAAUGCCAAAUUCCAAUUUGUAAGGAUUUUUGUUAGAAUCUAUAAUUCAAGUGUUUUGGUGAUAAGAAUUUACAAAUCAAAUUUAAAGAUGGGUGGGGUAAGUAGAUGGUCUUGUUUAUACUGGGUGACAUUUUAAUUUGGGAUCUGUUUACUUAUGAUAAAUAACCAAAAAAGGAUUGAGUUUUAGAGGUGAAGAAAUCAUUUAUUGUAAACAAAGAUUUUUUUAAAUGUUUGUAGUAAUAGCUUAAUGAUUAUUAAGAAGCUGAUUCUGAAAAAAAAUUAUAUACCUGUAGUAUGCAGUAUAAUUAUAUGAGAUGUAGUUGUUAAAAUGAGUACCUGUAUGUAAUGUAAUAUUAAAGUUGGUUUCAUACAUUUUGUAAUAUGAGUGUAUCCAUUUGUGAGGUGAUCUUAAUGUGCAUUUGUGAAUGGAAUGUGGAUUGUUAAUUUAGUUGUUCACCCUUUGAUUAUACAAUACUUGCAAAUGUAUGUUGGGGAGAGUUACCUAGUACAGCCACAGAUAUUUAUGAAAUAAUUUAGUAGACCAUCUAUUUGCCUUAAUGUAAAAGAAAAAAAGGUUCUUUUCAAGUAUAGAAACAUUCAAAAUCAAAGUGUCUUCAACAUUGAUGGCUUUUAUACCACCCAGUCACCUUUAUACUGUCAGAAAAUUCACAUACUUAAAAAUUAAACUUCCAGUAUACAAAUCA